AUGCCGAAGAUACCCGAGUUCUUUCGUGAGGAUCCGGCGCUUUGGUUUUCGCGCGUAGAAGCAACGUUUCGUAACGCGCGUAUCGUUGACGAACAGACGAAGGUCGAUUUUAUAGUCGGAGCCUUAGACUUCGAAGUUAUAGCGAGCUUCAAAGAUUUUGUUACGGAUGAUGACGUAACUAACCCGUAUCGAAAGAUCAAGAAUCGCGUUAUCUCGGCAUAUGCGGCCUCAUCGGAAAGGCGACUCCGACAGCUACUAAAGGGACAGGUGUUGACGGACGGAAAGCAGUCCCACAUACUGUGUAGGUUGCGCAACCUCAAUGACAACAAGUGCGACGACGCGAUCAUAAAGUCUAUUUUCCUGGACCAGGUGCCGGGUCAAACAAGAGCGAUCCACGCCUCGUCAAAUGUCGUGGAAUUGCAAGAACUAGCUGAGCUGGCCGAUCAGAUCAUGGACGGGACGAAUUCGAGUCCACAGAUUGCCACGGUAGCGGAGAAAUCACAAUUGGACAGACUGAACGCGGAGGUAGCGGCGCUCAGUGCGAGAUUGAAUCGGUUAGCGACGGACACGUGA